UAAAGUAGUAGUCUACUCGUAUUGUCACUGGACGACUGGACGUUGAAAACAAUUGUAUUUUCUUCCACUGUUACGUCUUCGGCAUUGUGCAGUGGCCAAAUAACAUAUUAUAUUUUAUCUAUCGCAUACGCGUCUUAUCGGCCGUGCGCUAACAGAACAGUGACUUUUAGGUUUUAUUUUUCCGUGUCCAGUCGUUGUAUACAAUAUCGAUUCGAUUAGUAUAAUUAUAAUUGACAAUCGUUAUGAUCUGUACAUAACGAUCAUAGAAAUACGAAAACAAUAGAUUAUUACCAACUCAAUUUAUUCUAUAUAAUAUAAAGUUUUUGGACUUGGAGUUUCUCGAGUAAAUUUAUCUAAAUGACCAUUACUAAUGAUGAUAACGAUCGACACCAAAAUCGAUGUGAAAAAAUGGAGGUAAAUGAAAAUAUAAGAUCUCAAUACACAAUAGGCAGCAACGACUUUAUACUUGUAGACGAAGUUGGUGAAAGACCUAAGAAAAAUGUUAAGGAAAAAUUACAUGAAUUCUCAUCAUGUCUAAACAGUAAUUCAAAGACAGUAUUUACGUACAAAACAAUCACCAAAAGACUACCGAUUUUACAAUGGUGGCCGACGUAUUCCUCAGCAGACUGUAUCGGAGAUCUUUUGGCAGGAAUUACGGUCGGUCUGACGCUCAUACCACAGUCGAUGGCCUAUUCUGCUCUAGCUGGUCUACCACCACAACAAGGUCUAUACGGUUCGUUCAUCGGUAGUUUGAUGUACGUUUUCCUCGGGACUUGUAAAGAAGUACCUAUGGGACCGACGGCCAUUAUAUCUCUAAUGACAUACAACACGCUCCACGGACUCGGACCCGUAUACGGCACUUUGCUGUGUUUCUUAACAGGUGUCAUCCAAUUGAUAAUGGGCUUAGUGGGACUAGGCUUUUUGAUCGAUUUUAUUUCUGGACCAGUAAACUCAGGGUUUACAUCAGCCGUUGCGAUACUCAUCGUUGCAUCACAAAUCAAAGACUUGAUUGGCGUAAAAGCUGCGGGUACAACGCUAGUGGAUAUGAUAAUAUCGAUAUCCAAAGAUAUUAGUCAUUAUCAACUGGGCGACACAUGGCUUGGGAUAAUUUGCAUCGUUGUUAUUCUUCUGUUGAGGAGAAUGGCUCUGUGUCAAAUCGGACCUAAGGACGUGAAAGAGCAAACCAUGUUUCACAAGUUUAUGAACCGAUCUAUGUGGUUGAUUGGUACAUUCAGAAAUUCGAUAGUAGUUAUUGUUAGCAGUUACGUGGGAUAUAUGUACAUAACUUCGACGGGACACGACGUGACCUCUAACGAAAUACCGCCGAUACCGUUCAAAGUGGUGGGUAAAAUACCAUCGGGCUUGCCAGAGUUCGACCUACCAAAGUUUAGUAUUGCGAGAGAUAAUGGAACGACAAUAGGAUUCUUUGAAAUGGUCUCGAACAUAGGCUCUGGAGUUAUAGUGCUACCGAUAAUUGCGUUGAUUGAAACCAUUUCCAUAUGUAAAACGUUCGCUGAUGGUAAGCCCGUCGAUGCCACUCAGGAGUUAUUGGCGACCGGUCUGUGCAACAUCGGUAAUUCGUUUUUCCACGCGUACCCUGGCACGGGGUCUUUCUCCAGGAGCGCCGUGAAUGCAGCUAGCGGAGUUCGAACUCCGAUGGAGGGUUUAUACGCCGGUAUUUUGGUUAUUGUCGCAUUGCUUUUUUGUACACCCUAUUUAUACUACAUACCAAAAGCGGCUCUCGCGGCGAUUAUUAUUGCCGCAGUCAUAUUCAUGGUUGAAGUGCGCGUGGUCAGGCCCAUUUAUAGAUCGAAAAAAAGUGAUCUCAUACCAGGUUUGGCGACAUUUUUCGCUUGUUUGGUUUUACCUCUAGAAAUAGGAGUUUUAAUAGGUAUCGGGUUGAAUUUGGUUUCGAUUUUAUAUCACGCAGCAAGACCAAAACUGUUGAUUGAAGUGCAUAAAACACGGGAUGGUAUAAACUAUUUGAUGGUCACACCAGACAGAUGUUUGGUUUUCCCGUCGGUCGAUUACGUGAGAAAUUUGGUGAUGAAACAAAGUUUGAAACGAGAACUUCCCGUUGUCAUCGACUGUUCACACAUAUAUGGUGCGGACUUUACCGCAGCAAAGGUUAUCGAGAUGUUAACACAGGACUUCUCAAAAAGAGGUCAAGCUCUGUUUUUCUAUAAUUUAAAACCUAGUGUGGUAGCUGUAUUCGAAGGAGUCCAGCCUAAAGGAUUCAUAACGUAUUAUCAUAGACAUGACUUAGAUCAGUUGUUCCAAAGAUGGAAACAACAGCGUCAACAAAUCGAACAUGCGUCGGCAGAAUGAUAUUUUAGAGUUCAAAAUCAGUAAAGUGCAUAUUACUUCUGCUAAACAAUUAAAUUUAAUAAUUGAUGAAGAUCUUAUGAAUUAUAUUUAUAAUUUUAAUAUUUGUUCACGAUUAUAUAUAUUCACACAUGAUUUAAUUCCAUUGACAACAUUGGUAUAUUUAUGUGUACCUAUUUAUACUAAUUUAUGAUUCUGUAGUGAAUUUUAAUAUUUUAUUUGUAUCUUGUAUGAUUUGUUUGAUUUAAUUUUACUAGAAAAUAUAAAUCAUUAUUUUUAAGCAGACGA